AUGAGUUCGGUACCCGAAUCCAAAGAACCCUCGAACGCAAAAGAGAUAGUCGAUUCCCCGUUGCACACGGCAAUGGACAACGGCGACAAGAGAGGGGUCGAAUUCAUGCUGCGACGAGGCGACGAUCCGAACGCGGUCAACAGGUGGGGCGAUACUCCUCUGCACGUCGUUUGCCGGCGAGACGGCGACGACGACGACUCGGCCAAGAUGCUGUUCGAGCUGAGCCGCGACGUUUAUCGGCCGAUAAAAAUCGACGCCCAGAACGAUAACGAAGACACGCCGCUGCACCUGGCUCUGCGCUUCGACAACUCGAGGCUGGCCGAGCUGCUGCUGAGAAAGGGGGCCAGUCCGAACGCGGUCAACCAGUGGGGCCAGACUCCUCUGCACGUGAUUUGCAGCAGGCAGUACACGGCCGACGACUUGGCGGAGUUGUUCUUCAGGACCAGCGAAGAGAUGGGACGGCCGGUGCAGGUCAACGCCCAGACCAUGUUGGGCGACAGCCCGCUGCACUUGGCCCUGGACAAGGGCCACAAGAGGCUGGCCGAGUCGCUGCUGCGACGGGGCGCCGACCCGAGCGCCGUAAACGCCAACGGCGAGACCGCUCUGCACGUCGUCGCCAGGAGCUGGCACGCAGGCGCCGACGAGUUCGCCAAGAAGUUGUUUCUCGAGAUCCGCCAGGACAGAGUCAGGAGGCAGAUGAUCGACCAGCGGGACACUCAGGGCAACACCCCGCUGCACCUGGCCCUGAUCCACGGCAACGUGAGGACGGCCGAGCUGCUGCUGCGACACGGCGCCAAUCCCAAUCUGACCAACUGGAUCAGCGGCUCGGCGGCUCUGCACAUGAUCUGCAGGCAGGACGGCCCGGAGGACGACUCGCUGCUGCGGCUGCUGAGCGAGUUCAGCCAGGAGAGAUAUCGGCCGUUGCGGAUCGACGUGCAGGACGUCUACGGCGAUACGCCGCUGAGUCGGGCGAUGCGCUACGACAACAGGCAGCUCGUCGAUUUCCUGCAGAGAAAAUGGGGCAACCGAGAGUAUGGACGGGAAAGAAAUGGGAUGUGGCCUACACAGAAUUAA